AUGGAGACUAGUGAGCCUUUAGUCGAGCAAGAGUCUGGGCAGCUGAAUCCAAUAGCCUGCAGUCAUUGUCGACAGCGAAAACGCAAGUGUGACAGAAAAUUACCCCAUUGCUUACAAUGCAAUAAUGAUCCCUCUAACUGUCACUACCCUGAACAGAACAAAAGAGGCCUUCCUAUUGGUUUUAUAACAAGGCUGGAAGCACGCCUGGCUGAAACGGAAGAAGCUCUUUUCCGUCUCGUCCAGUCUGUCGAGGAACCCGAGAACAACCAAGUUUCAUUCAAACCCUCAUCUCAACGAAAGGAUGACCGUACUAAAGAAUGGGACAGCCUUCCACUGAAGACAUCUGAACAGGUCAAAUUAUGGUACAAGAACAAGUCUGGGCAAAGUGACUCUCCAGUUGUACAUGACGUCUCGAUGGACUUGGAUCAACCAGAAUCAUCUACCCAUGUAGCACUACCAGACGCAGAUCGUGUUGAAAUUUCUGAUGAUAUUCAGAGUAACUCCGGAGCAGAUAUGAUGUUACCUGACGCAGAAGUCCAGAUGGAUUCAAGGAGUGAAAUUCAUACUUCAGAGGUGCCCGUUGGAAGCAAGGCCAAGGACAUGGAACAAAAGAAUCCACAUUUGUAUUUCUGA